CCUCUUUUGGUCAUUUUAGAUCAUUUAUUUUUAUUUUUAUCAAGAUCUGCUGUUUUAUUAUUAAGAAUACUCAAAAUAUUUUGUUGUGAAUGAAUUUUUUGAUCAAAAGGAUCUUAGUAUUCUUAUGUUGGAAUGCUAAACUGUAAUAUUCUGUAAAAUAUGCAUUAACGGCCGUUUCCAGUUAACAAUCACUCUAGAUCUACAUAUGAGUGUACAGUCAUCAAUUUUAGUAUUUGGCUGGCUUGAAAAGGAAUAGUUAGUGUCAAGAAAAUAUUUAUUGCUGUCAAGUAACCAUUUACAAAUUUAAAUGUUGAAUUUAUUUUUUUCCGGGAUGGCAUUUCAGUCCAUUCCUCUUGGCUUGUAUCCUCCAGGGAGGACUUUUGAUGGGCAACAAGACCAAAAACCUAAUCUGGAUAAUCAGAAUGUGCCCGCACCUCCAUCUGUUCCACCCCCACCGCCCAUCAAUGGUGAAAAAGCAUUGAUAUGUGAUCAGUGUGGUAAAACUUUUGCUGACAAAAAUAGCUUCCAUCAACAUGCUCAGUUUCAUUCUAAGCCUUUUGCUUGUAAAGUAUGUAAGAAAACUUUUAACUCCCAAGGUACACUUACUCAGCAUAUGCGUAUUCAUACUGGAGAACGCCCAUAUAUCUGCCAGCAUUGUGACAAAAAGUUCAAUCAGGCAGCCAAUUUACAGCAGCAUCUUCGAAUACAUACGGGAGAAAAGCCUUUCGUCUGUGAACAUUGUAAUAAGUGUUUCAAUCAAAAGGCUAUUCUUCAACAACAUAUUCGCAUCCAUACCGGUGAAAAACCAUACACCUGCAUGUAUUGUGGGAAAAAAUUCUCACAGUUAACAAUUCUCCAGCAGCACAUCAGAAUCCAUACUGGUGAAAAGCCUUACGUGUGUGAUGAAUGCGGAAAGCGUUUCAACCAGAAAACGAUUCUUGAUCAGCAUAUUCGACUACACACUGGAGAAAAGCCUUUUACGUGUCCGUACUGUGGGAAAAAAUUCACCCAGAUGGCGAUACUCCACCAGCAUGUCCGGAUACAUACCGGAGAGAAGCCAUACGGCUGUGACCGCUGCGGCGAGAAGUUCUCGCAGAAGGCGAUCCUGGUGCAGCACAUUCGGGUGCAUACAGGUGAAAAGCCUUUCCCAUGCAUGUAUUGUGACAAAAAGUUUAGUCAGAAAGCUAUUCUUUUGCAGCACAUAAGAGUGCAUACAGGCGAAAAGCCAUACGGGUGUGAGCACUGUGGGAAGAGGUUUCGACAGAAAACCAUCCUCCAGCAGCACAUUCGCAUUCAUACCGGUGAAAAGCCAUUCGUGUGCCAGCUCUGUGAUGAAAAAUUCAGCCAAAAAGGCAACCUCCAAAAACAUUUGCGGUCACACUCGGGUGAAAAGCCUUUUGUUUGUGACCAUUGUGGACUGAAAUUUACUAGAAAAGUAAUGUUAGAUCUUCAUAUACGGAUGGCUGAGAAAGGUCCUCAUGCCACUGCUGGUAUAACCAAACCGGUUACAUGUCAUUUCGGUCUGCCUAAUGGUAAUGACAAACAACAACUCAGUAAACCAUAUAUUUUUAAUGCUCCUCCCAGUGACAAACAAAUGACUAAACCCAUGCAGUUUACUGCUCCCAGUGACAAACAAAUGACUAAACCAUUGCAGUUCACUGCUCCCAGUGAAAAACCAGUUGCUAAGCCAUGCCUUUUCAAUUUAUCUAAUGAGAAACAUAUUGCUCAUGCUUCUCUAGCUGCUUGUGUAUCUAGUGCCAUAGCUCAAAAUGAAUGGGCUUUUCCCCAAUAAAGUUAGUUUGAUCUGUGAUUUUUUUUUAAUGGUAUGCUGCUUAUAAUUUAGUAUAUUGUUAUGAUAUGUUAAUAUGGUAUGAUUACCAUGUAUUUAAAUAACUUGAAUAUUUCAAUAUAGAAUUCAUAAAAAUAUUUUUUAUCAUCGAUAUUUUCUUUAAAAAUGUAUGCUUAGCUUAUUUCAAAUGUUAGCCAACUUUCACUAUGAUGGUAACUCCUGUUUUUCAUAUAAUUUUUUAAGUUUAUUACCUCUAAGAUUUUGCUAUUUCAUUAUGCAGCUUUCUUGUCAUUUGCAAUAAUUUCCUCUGCAGGUUUGGCUUUUUCUUUAGCUGUCCCAAAAUUUGUAUAAUAUAAAUGCAGGAUAAUAUGUUUUCAUCAUUGAAAAAAUUGCUGGAUCAAAUUACUCUUGCAUCAAAUGUCAUAGUCCAGGGAAGAAAUUAUUUGACCAUAGGGAGGACGUUAUUUGAUUAAUUUUCAUAAUGCAAAACAGAAGGUAAUUGCUUUUAUAGAAAGAAUUUCUAAUAAAUUUAAUUUUUUUUUUAAUGACUUUCUUUCAUGAUUUAAUGAAUUUAUUUCUUUUAAAAACACAUUUUAAAAAUUGAAAUU